AUGGUUUCUGUUGAUAAUGGUAAAGAAGAAAUUGAGGAGUGUAAUAAUAAUAAUAAUAAUAAUGGGAGUAUGAGUAAAGUAGAAGAGUUUACUUCCAUAGAUAUUUCGAGUUCUCGAAGAACAUUGGUGACCGGUGAAAAUCCCGAGAGAAAGUUCCCGAGUAAGAUGAGUGUUAUUCCUAAUAGGAUGAACUUCUUGAAAUUUGGUUCGGCGUCUGCGAAAUUCAAGCGGCUUACUACUUUGAUGGACCAGGCGUCGCAGUCUGUGCCUUCUCCGAGUUCGCAUAGCUUGAGAGAACGAUUCAGUGGUAUAUUUUCUAAGAAACUUGAUUGGAAUUCGAUUAAGAAGAUGUCGAUGGAAUGGAUUAGGAAUCCGAUGAACAUGGCGCUUUUUGCGUGGAUUUUAUGUGUUGCUAUUUCUGGUGCGAUUUUGUUCCUUGUCAUGACUGGUAUGUUGAAUGCUGUAAUUCCGAAGAAGUCUGCGAGGAAUGCGUGGUUUGAGAUGGAAUCCGAAAGAUAUUGCUAA